AUGGUUUCCGCUUCCUACUCAGCUUUGCUUGCCCUCCUCUCCGCCAGAACGGCAUGGGCCACUACCACGCAAGCUCCCUCGGGAGGGAAUUGUCUAUCUCUCUCCGGUGGUUCCCCCAGAGAAGUCUACAAAGCGUGCUGUGGUCAAACGAAAUCCGACAAGGGAUUCGUGGACGGCGUCGAGUUUUCCUAUACCUGUGAGACAUGGGCGAUGCCCUACAAUCACACUCCCGUCAAAGUUAAUAGUGCACGCGAGUGUGCUAAACGCUGCUCUGACGCCGGCGCCGACUGUCCCGCCUCCUCGUGGCAAGCUGGUGGGAACUGCUACUUCAUCACCUCCGACAGCUACUCGACUAACAAGAUGCAGUCGAUGCUCUUGCUCGAGAAGACCAGCAAGCUGAUAUCAGAGCCCGAGUCCGAGCCCGCUGGAGGAUGCGGGGCGGCGGCUGAUGCUGCAGGGAUGCAGUGCGAGAAGGAUGCUGCUGUGAAGUGCCAGAGCGAAAAGGAGACCGACAAAGCACAGUGCGAGCAGGAGAAGACCGCCCUUGCAGACAACACCAAGAAGCAAGCGGAGGCCCGGUUUCAAAACGACAAAGGUCAGCUUGAGAAGAAAAUCAAUGAUGCUCAAGCGGGAUGCAAGUUGGAGAAGGAUGCUGCCAGCUCCAAAUGCGCCACCGAGAAGGACCAGCUUCGGAAACAAACAGACGACGCUCGGUCCGAAUGCCAGGCCGAAAAAGACAAUGCUGUUUCCAACGCCAAUUCUCAAUGCACCACUGAGAAGGACAAACUUCGCCAUCAGGGAGAAGCACAAUGCAAGUCGGAGAAAGACGCUGCCAGCUCCCAAUGCGCCAACGAGAAGGACCAACUUCGUCAACAGGGAGAAGCACAAUGCAAGUCGGAGAAAGACGCUGCCAGCUCCCAAUGCGCCAACGAGAAGGACCGGCUUCAGAAGCAAACGGACGAUGCCUGGUCCCAAUGCCAAGCCGAAAAAGACAAUGCUGUUUCCAACGCCAAUUCUCAAUGCACCUCUGAGAAAGACAAACUUCGCCUCCAGGCAGAAGGCAACUUGCAGCAGUCCAAAUCUCAGUUGGAGGCGAACAAAGUUCUUGAUACCAAGAAUAUCUGCCCUCAGUAUCACCUUCGAGAGUUUUUCCUACCUACUCCUGAUGGCGGUACAAGCAAGUGGCGUGUCUACUGCGACCAUGCAGCCUUCGAGAUACGUUGGAACGCUGCAGGGUUCAUGAAUGAGACUGGAACGCCGUACAAUCAACUUCUUGCUCAUAGACAUUGGGACGCGGGCUAUCGAGCAUUCUACUGGAGAGACACCGAUUUCUUCCACCGUCACCUCACUAUAUACACGGUUGAGCCAAACCUUAGACAGAGCCAACUGAAUACUUUCUAUAUUCAAUCUCUACCAAGAGGUAGACACCACGUGAUUGUUCGCAUUGACGACGUCCCAUUCAAAAUUAUUUAG